UUAUAACAAGCGGACCUGGCAACACAGCUCGGGACGUUAAACUCGUCUUCCAUACGUUGCUUGAGUUUUUGUGCGUGACUUUGCGUCUGACGUCACCCCCCCCUUAGUAACCCUCGGCGGCGUCUCCAAGAGCGAAGGCAACAAGAUGGGAUUACUGUCUAUUCUUCGGAAGCUAAAGAGCACACCAGACCAGGAGGUGAGGAUACUGCUGCUGGGUCUGGACAACGGAGGGAAGACCACCUUGCUCAAACAGCUGGCAUCUGAAGACAUCAGCCACAUCACCCCCACACAGGGAUUCAACAUCAAAAGCGUCCAGUCUCAGGGUUUUAAACUGAAUGUUUGGGACAUCGGAGGCCAGAGGAAGAUCAGGCCUUACUGGAGAAACUACUUUGAAAACACAGAUGUACUUAUUUAUGUAAUUGACAGUGCUGACAGAAAGAGAUUUGAAGAAACAGGCCAGGAGCUGGCUGAGCUGUUGGAUGAGGAGAAGUUGAGUGGCGUCCCCGUGUUGAUCUUUGCAAACAAGCAGGACCUGCUGACAGCUGCUCCAGCCUCAGAGAUCGCUGAGGGUCUCAACCUGCACACCAUCCGGGAUCGCAUGUGGCAGAUCCAGUCCUGCUCCGCCCUCACUGGUGAGGGGAUUCAGGAGGGCAUGAAUUGGGUCUGCAAGAGCGUCAACUCAAAGAAAAAAUAGCUUCUCCUCUAGUCUUCUACUUCUUCGGAGGAACAGCAGCAGCAGUGACAGCCGCACACACACAUACACUGACACACAUUUUACCCUCCUGAGCCUUAGAACGAUGGGAUAUACCUGUGAAUGUAAACACACUACUAAUCCAACAUGGACUUCGAGUUUUUAACACCCUGCAUUCUUCUUUUACUGUCGUCAAGUAAUGUCAACGCAUCUUCCUAAAGCGAGGAGGGUUUUGACCUCAAAGGGAACCGCUUGCCCUCCACCCAGACAACCCACGUCAUCACCGCAAUCCCAGCCAAUCACCAGCCACCAUCCUUCGCCUGUCACGACCUCAAACAUUCCCAUUAAACUGCUGUCUUUCGUUUUGAAUUCCAGCUUGUUCUGUAAUCCUUCUCCUCCAUCUCAUUCUUCCAGGUUGAUAUGUGUUGUUUUUUUUAUCAUUCAUCAUUUAUCAUGGUAUGUAAAGUAUCAUUCCACGAUGGCUGUAAGUGCUUGUCCUGCUAUGGCUCUGUUUGAAGUGAGGUAUAUUUUUGUAAUUGUUUUAUUUAUGGUGAAGUAGAGUGUGGAGUGCUUUAAAAAAAAAAACAACUGGUGUGGUGUGUGUGAUUUCGAGCAUGUUGGAGGAACGGUCCAACUCUACCAUUGAAAGAUUAAUACGUUACAUGUUAAUAUGUAUAAAAAAAGGCGACGAAAUGAAAUGGUUAAGAGCAACUACAUUUUUGGAUCAACUGUAAAUAGCUCAGCCCCGUGUUUAUAUAUUAUGUUAUGCACAUAUUGUAGAGUACAUGUCACCCUGCUGUACUCUGUAACCUAUAAUGUUUGCAUAUCUAAUAUAAGCUGGCAGGUUUUUGACCGAGGUACUGUACGUCCUGAUGCAUUUCUUUGUGCUUCUCGGGUUAGUGAGGGAAUUCACUCUUGGCGUUUCCUUUUGAUAUUCUUGAAUGUAAUCUGUCCAGAAUUGAAGGUACUGUAUGUGAAUAAAAAAAUAUAAGAUAUAA